AUGAAAAUCGUUGCGCUUCUAUUUUUCUUCGCAAUCAUUUUUGCUCUUCCUCACACUCCGUCUUCUGAACUUCACCAAAAUGAUCUACUCGUUUAUUGGAUGCGUGUUGAAAAAGACUUCGAUCUGAAUAUAGUAGAUAGGAUUCAGGAUAUAUAUAUUUAUCUUGAAUAUUCAGAUACUUUCAAGAUAUACAAGGAUCGAACAAAAAUGGGAAAUGCAUCAGUCCUCAAUGCGAUAAUUCAUGAAGAUGACUACCGUCAAAUGAAAUUUAUAUGCAAAGAUAGCCGGGAACAACUCACGAGAGAUGUUAAAUCAGCAUUUCGAUAUGCUCAUAUUACUGUUGACUGUGAAUCGGUUCAGAAAAAGGCUUUAGAGAUUGCGAGAGGUUCAAAAUGUCCAAAAUGUCCAGAAUGUUCAACAUGUUCAGGAUGUUCAGUAUUAAGAUAUGUUGGCGUAAUUUUUCUUAUCUGUUUGGCAAUUUUAUGGUGAGUUUCUUGUAAAAUUGAAAAUUCCAAAUAAUUUAAUUUCCAGUUUAAUCGCUUAUAUCCCCGAUAUCAUAACAUGUUGUACCAAUCGAUGUCGAAGAGGGAGAAAUCCUGUUGGAAAUGGAGGAGUUGUAAAUGGAGAAUAUUCUGACACUGACGAGAAUGAAGAGAGACAACCUCAUUCUGAAUAG